UAAUUUGAUUUCAUCUGAGAGUUUACUCUUUAUUUCUAGAUGUCAGGAUUUCAGUGGUUCUUUCAAAAAUAAUAGCUCUACUGCUUACUCUGUGAUUAAUUAUUUUCCCUAGGCCUCAGGAUCAUUCAGCUCAGCAAACAAAUACCGCUGGAAGCAAUGUUACCACAUCAUCAACUCCUAAUAGUAACUCCACAUCUGGUUCUGCUACUAGCAACCCUUUUGGUUUAGGUGGCCUUGGGGGACUUGCAGGUCUGAGUAGCUUGGGUUUGAAUACUACCAACUUCUCUGAACUACAGAGUCAGAUGCAGCGACAACUUUUGUCUAACCCUGAAAUGAUGGUCCAGAUCAUGGAAAAUCCCUUUGUUCAGAGCAUGCUCUCAAAUCCUGACCUGAUGAGACAAUUAAUUAUGGCCAAUCCACAAAUGCAGCAGUUGAUACAGAGAAAUCCAGAAAUUAGUCAUAUGUUGAAUAAUCCAGAUAUAAUGAGACAAACGUUGGAACUUGCCAGGAAUCCAGCAAUGAUGCAGGAAAUGAUGAGGAACCAGGACCGAGCCUUGAGCAACCUAGAAAGCAUCCCAGGGGGAUAUAAUGCUUUAAGGCGCAUGUACACAGAUAUUCAGGAACCAAUGCUGAGUGCUGCACAAGAGCAGUUUGGUGGUAAUCCAUUUGCUUCCUUGGUGAGCAAUACAUCCUCUGGUGAAGGUAGUCAACCUUCCCGUACAGAAAAUAGAGAUCCACUACCCAAUCCAUGGGCUCCACAGACUUCCCAGAGUUCAUCAGCUUCCAGCGGCACUACCAGCACUGUGGGUGGCACUACUGGUAGUGCUGCCAGUGGCACUGCUGGGCAGAGUACUACUGCGCCAAAUUUGGUGCCUGGAGUAGGAGCUAGUAUGUUCAACACACCAGGAAUGCAGAGCUUGUUGCAACAAAUAACUGAAAACCCACAACUUAUGCAAAACAUGUUGUCUGCUCCCUACAUGAGAAGCAUGAUGCAGUCACUAAGCCAGAAUCCUGACCUUGCUGCGCAGAUGAUGCUGAAUAAUCCCCUAUUUGCUGGAAAUCCUCAGCUUCAAGAACAAAUGAGACAACAGCUCCCAACUUUCCUCCAACAAAUGCAGAAUCCUGAUACACUAUCAGCAAUGUCAAACCCUAGAGCAAUGCAGGCCUUGUUACAGAUUCAACAGGGUUUACAGACAUUAGCAACGGAAGCCCCGGGCCUCAUCCCAGGGUUUACUCCUGGCUUGGGGGCAUUAGGAAGCACUGGAGGCUCUUCAGGAACCAAUGGAUCUAACGCCACACCUAGUGAAAACACAAGCCCCACAGCAGGAACCACUGAACCUGGACAUCAGCAGUUUAUUCAACAGAUGCUACAGGCUCUUGCUGGAGUAAAUCCUCAGCUACAGAAUCCAGAAGUCAGAUUUCAGCAACAACUGGAACAACUCAGUGCAAUGGGAUUUUUGAACCGUGAAGCAAACUUGCAAGCUCUAAUAGCCACAGGAGGUGAUAUCAAUGCAGCUAUUGAAAGGUUACUGGGCUCCCAGCCAUCAUAGCGCAUUUCUGUAUCUUGAAAAAAUGUAAUUUAUUUUUGAUAACGGCUCUUAAACUUUAAAAUACCCGCUUUAUUUCAUUUUGACUCUUGGAAUUCUGUGCUGUUAUAAACAAACCCAAUAUGAUGCAUUUUAAGGUGGAGUACAGUAAGAUGUGUGGGUUUUUCUGUAUUUUUCUUUUCUGGAACAGUGGGAAUCAGUGCUUUUCAUUUAAGGCUACUGCAUGCAUCACUUCUGCAUUUAUUGUAAUUUUUUAAAAACAUCACCUUUUAUAGUUGGGUGACCAGAUUUUGUCCUGCAUCUGUCCAAUUUAUUUGCUUUUUAAACAUUAGCCUAUGGUAGUAAUUUAUGUAGAAUAAAAGCGUUAAAAAGAAGCAAAUCAUUUGCACUCUAAUUUGUGGUACAAUAUUGCUUAUUGUGACUUUGGCAUGCAUUUUUGCAAACAAAAUGCUGUAAGAUUUAUACUACUGAUAAUUUUGCUUUAUUUGUAUACAUAUAGAGUAUGCACAUAUGGGACUGCAUUUCUAGAAACAUACUGCAAUAGGCUAUCUGAGCAAAACACCUGUAACCAAAAAAGUGAAGAUAAGAAAAUACUCUUAAAGCCGAGUAUUUCCUAAUUGUAUAGAAUCUUACAGCAUCUUUGACAAACAUCUCCCAGCAAAAGUGCCGGUUAGUCAGGUUUGUUGAAAAUAUAGUAGAAAAACUGAUUCUGGUUAUCUCUUUAAGGACAAUUAAUUGUACAGACACAUAAUGUAACAUUGUCUCAACAUUCAUUCACAGAUUGACUGUAAAUUACCUUAAUCUUUGUGCAGACUGAAGGAACACUGUAGUAUACCCCAAAGUGCAUUUGCCUAGGACUUUUCAGCUUCUCCCAUAGGUAGUUUAACAGGCAUUAAAAUUUGUAAUUGAAAUGUUGCUUUCACUGAAAAAGUGUCUAAAUGUUUCAGUUAUUUUUAAUCGCCAUAUAAAAAUAGAACUCUCUUUUGGGUUUAUCUGUUUUCUCAUGCACAGGCAAUACACGAAUUUAAAAUGAGUUGUGAGCCAAUUGUUUCUGGAGUGUUUUGGUAGUUCUGUUAAGAAAUAGUUAAAUAUUGUGCUUUUCAGAGCCUCAGAAAGGGGGACGGGGUGGGGGGGGGGCAGUGGAAUCUAUCCUGGAUGGGGCCAGCUUAAAUAAUACUGGCAACCAAGAUUCUGUUAGGAUUUCUGUGCAUAUAGUAUAGUAAAGAAGUAUCAUUCAGGGGUGAAAAACAAAGAGCCGUUUUAAUGAUGUUGAGUACAUUUGGCUGUUUUAUAGCCUUUUUCUUCCCUCCCCGAAGAAUUCUGUUUGUCUAACUCCCAAACUGUUGGGGUGGUACAUUCCUUUAGGACCAAUUAAAACAGAGUUUAGGGUCAGUAAUACAUUUGGCUGACUCUGGUUCAGUAUUCUCUUUGGUGAUUAUAUUCUCUCAUGUACAGUUACAGGAAAUUAAAACGUUAAAGUAACCUAAAAUGAAUUCAGACCAAUAAAAUCAAGGGAAAUACAAGUUGAUUCCAUUACUUCUGUACGUUGCUUGCUAUUAAAAAAGGUUAAGAGGCCAGGUUACCCACCAGUCCAUGCACUGUUCUGACACUUUCCCCAGGAGGAAAACGAGUACAAAGGUUAUGGUGGAGGCAUGAGUAGAGAUUGUUGAGAAGGGUAUUCAUGUGUCUUUGCUCUUUCUGCUUGAUGCCUCAGUCUGGUUUAAAAACUUCUGUACUGGCGAAUGUGGUAUUCAGUGUGGGAUAGUGUCAUAACUAAUUUGACAAUUUAUUAAUCACAAAAUAACAAUAAAUCUCUAGCUUUUACAUUUGA